UAAAAAAACAAAUGAUUAAUCAGGAAAAUAUGGCGUUUGCCAGGACAAAAAUGUAGAAAUUUUAAAGUAACCACUGUCGACUUGUCAUCAGUUGAAGUGUUAAAAGUUUUUAAACAAUAAACGUGGAUAAAUCUGUGAUUCAACUUGUUCGAAAAUAAAUCCCCAGGAUGAGUGUCGACGCAUACGGCCCCAGUUCUCAGACUCUCACGUUUUUGGAGACCGAAGAAAACGAUUUAAUCGGGGCUGACACCCAAGGAUCAGAAUGCGAAUUCACCGAUUUCACGAUUCCAUCGCAAACACAAGCAUCGCAGCAUGACCACGCGGGCCCCAAAGUAUCCGGUGUACAGCUUAACAACAACAUCAAUAAUAAAAUCGCGAAUGCGACAAGUGCUUUAGGGGAACUGCAAUUUGAAGAAGAAGAUGAGGAGUAUUUCAACAGCAAAGAACUCCCAAAUUACGCUUGCAAAUAUUGCGGCAUUCAUGAACCCAAUUGCGUUGUCAUGUGCAACUGUUGCAAAAAGUGGUUUUGUAACGGCAGAGGAAAUACCUCAGGAAGUCACAUAAUUAACCAUCUGGUCCGAGCCAAACAUAAGGAAGUGACCUUACACAAAGAUGGCCCUUUGGGCGAGACCAUCCUUGAAUGUUACAGUUGUGGCGUCCGCAAUGUUUUCGUUUUGGGGUUUAUUCCUGCCAAAGCUGACUCUGUGGUGGUCUUACUAUGUCGCCAACCUUGUGCCGCUCAAAACUCCCUAAAAGACAUGAACUGGGAUCAAGACCAAUGGAAACCCCUCAUUACUGAUCGUUGUUUUCUCACGUGGCUUGUAAAAAUACCUUCAGAACAAGAACAACUGCGAGCUCGCCAAAUCUCAGCUCAACAAAUUAACAAACUUGAAGAACUCUGGAAAGACAACGUUGACGCCACUUUUCAGGAUUUAGAGCGUCCAGGAGUUGAUGAAGAACCCCAACAAGUUUUAUUGAGAUAUGAGGACGGUUACCAAUACCAAAACAUUUUUGGCCCUCUUGUUAAACUUGAAGCUGAUUAUGAUAAAAGAUUAAAAGAGUCUCAGACUCAGGAAAACAUUGAAGUUAGGUGGGACGUCGGUUUGAAUAAGAAAACAAUUGCGUAUUUUACCCUUGCUAAAACGGACGGGGACAUGAAAUUAAUGCAUGGGGACGAAUUAAGGCUUAGAUACGUGGGGGAAAUGCAUAAAUCUUGGGCGGGGGUGGGACAUGUUAUCAAAGUUCCUGAUAAUUACGGAGAAGAUAUUGGCAUUGAGUUGAAGAACGGAAAUGGGGCCCCUACUGAUUGUAGCAGCAAUUUUGUGGUGGAUUUUAUCUGGAAAAGUACUAGUUUUGACAGGAUGCAACUCGCUUUGCGAAAAUUUGCUGUUGAUGACACAUCCGUUUCGGCCUACAUCUACCACCGCCUCCUCGGCCAUGAAGUCGAAGAAGUCCUUUUUCGUUGCCACCUCCCUAAACACUUUUCUGCCCCAAAUCUCCCUGAUUUAAAUCGUUCUCAAGUCUACGCCGUCAAACAUGCCCUUCAACGGCCACUCUCCCUGAUUCAAGGUCCUCCAGGAACGGGAAAAACCGUGACUUCCGCUACCAUCGUCUACCAACUGGUGAAACAAAAUGGCGGACCUGUCCUAGUAUGUGCUCCUAGUAACACAGCAGUCGAUCAGCUUACCGAAAAAAUACACAAAACUAAUCUAAAAGUCGUGAGAUUGUGUGCGAAAUCGCGCGAAGCGAUCGACUCUCCUGUGAGUUUCCUCGCAUUGCAUAACCAGAUACGUAAAAUGGAAGCCAAUACCGAACUUCAGAAGUUACAACAGUUGAAAGAUGAGACUGGAGAGUUGAGUUCGGUGGAUGAGAAGAGAUACAGAAUGUUGAAGAAGUUGGCCGAGAAGGAGUUACUAGAGGCUGCAGAUGUCAUUUGUUGUACUUGUGUAGGAGCAGGUGAUCCGCGAUUGGUUCGUUUGAAAUUCCAUUCGAUUCUUAUUGAUGAAAGUAUGCAAGCGACCGAACCUGAGUGCAUGGUACCGGUAGUACUAGGAGUGAAACAGUUGAUUUUGGUUGGUGAUCAUUGUCAAUUGGGGCCGGUUGUCAUGUGUAAGAAAGCAGCGAGGGCUGGAUUGUCGCAGAGUUUGUUCGAGAGGUUGGUAGUACUGGGAAUUCGACCGUUCCGGUUGGAAGUGCAAUACAGGAUGCAUCCGGAGUUGUCACGCUUCCCAUCGAAUUUUUUCUACGAAGGGAGUUUGCAAAAUGGAGUUUGUGCCGAUGAACGGAAGUUAAAUAAGAUCGAUUUUCCAUGGCCGGUUUCUGAUAGGCCUAUGUUUUUCCACGUGACCCAAGGACAAGAGGAGAUUGCUGGAUCUGGAACUAGUUAUUUGAACCGGACUGAGGCAGCUAAUGUUGAAAAGAUCGCUACUAGAUUUUUGCGGUCGGGCGUUAAACCGGAACAGAUCGGUGUUAUAACUCCAUAUGAAGGUCAGCGAGCUUAUUUGGUUCAAUAUAUGCAAUAUCAAGGCUCACUUCAUAGUAAGACUUAUCAAGAAAUUGAAAUUGCGAGCGUUGAUGCGUUCCAAGGACGUGAAAAAGAUAUCAUUAUAAUGUCAUGCGUGCGUUCGAAUGAACAUCAAGGAAUUGGUUUUUUGAAUGAUCCUCGACGUCUCAACGUGGCACUAACUCGAGCCAAAUACGGGAUUAUAAUAGUCGGAAACCCGAAAGUGCUCUCCAAACAACCACUGUGGAACCAUCUUUUGUCUUUCUACAAAGAACAGAAGGUGCUAGUUGAGGGACCUUUGACAAAUUUAAAAGAGUCACUAAUUCAGUUUGCAAAACCGAAAAAACUGACAAAUUCGGAUAAUCCGGGAUCGCAUUUUAUGACAACUUCGAUGUUUGAUGCUCGUGAAGCAAUGGUACCUGGGUCGAUUUAUGACAGGACUAAUACUGCGAUCAAUGGGCAAUUUAAUUAUCCGCGUGGAGCUGUACCUUUGGAUAUAUUUAGCAGAACGCACGAUCCCAUUAGUUACAUUUCUCAAGAGAGGGCUCAAGCUGGGAUGAACCUGCCAGUCCCAGUUGGUGUUUUUAUGAAUAUGGCCGACGUUCCUCCACGUUUCUACAACCAACAUCAGCAGGCCAUGCAAGCCCGCCAACAGCAAAAUUCGCGCAGCCGCAAACCUCCCAUGAGACAGAAGGGCAAGACUUUGAGUCAGGAGCAGACUCAGCCGUUCAGUCAGAGUCUACAGUUGACUCAGGGAAUGUCUCAGCCUGGAUUAUCUCAGCCAGGAUUCAGUCUAUCGCAACCGGGAUUGAGUCAACCGGAACUCAGUCAGGAUCCAUAUAUGGCGGAGUAUCAGUCACAGAUGGACGGCUUGUUGUCACAAGAUUCGACCUAUCAGGGAGACAGAUCGGCAUUCUAUCAGCCAAACGCUCAGUUCUCCCAACCAUACUGAUCACGUUUACACGGAGAUGUUUAAAAAAAUCGCGGGAGCGGUUUAAUGAAAAUUUGUAAGUGGUUGAUCUGAUUGUCGAUUGUCAAAUUAUCAGUAACGCAGCACACACAGGUCCAUGACGUCGAAUACCGAUUGAGUAAUAACAGAGAAAGUUCAAUGUCAUGACGCACCUUUGUGAUGAGAUCAGACGACUUCUACAAUCGUGAGAGCGCGACAUGCAUGCAUCUCCAAGAAGCCUGUAGAUGAUUGUUUUCACACCUCUGCUGUGACAAACUUUCCAUAUUUAUUUCAAACAUUCAUUUUUUAGUUAUUUUGCAUAAUUUUCUUAUUGAUAAUAUUACGCACUUUAUUUAAAUUUAAAUUAUAACAAGUAUGAAGACUAUUUUUCUACUUUGGAAACCCAAACACGGAUCCGUUCUUAAACUAACGAAGUAAUAUUAUCAAUACAAAAAUCUUAGUGUCUAUUUUUAAUCCUUGUAAAAUUAUUGUUUUAGCUAGUUAUUAGUUAUUUUAAUUUUUUUGGUAUAAGUAAAAACACCUGGGUUAUUUUUGGGGAAUAGUAUAUUUUUUGUCCUUAAAUUAAUUUGCUUGUAAUACAUUAAACGAAAAUUUAGUGUCA